AUGAAUCUUGUUGUGAAGGUUCGAAGAAGCUUUCGAACACUGAUCCUUCUCUUAGCCACAUUCUGCUUGGUGAGCAUUGUCAUUUCUGCUUAUUUUCUCUACUCGGGCUACAAACAAGAGGUGACACUGACUGAAACCACCGCAGGGGCAGAAUGCUCUGACCCCAAACUUCUACCCUAUCGGUCAGUGGAAUUGAAGACAGUCAAACCUAUUGAUACAUCGAAGACAGACCCAACAGUUCUCUUAUUUGUGGAGAGCCAAUACUCUCAGCUUGGUCAAGAUAUCAUAGCCAUCUUGGAGUCCAGCAGAUUUCAGUAUCAUAUGGUCAUUGCUCCAGGCAAGGGAGACAUACCUCCUCUUACAGACAAUGGCAGAGGGAAAUAUACUUUGGUUAUCUAUGAAAACAUUUUGAAGUAUGUUACCAUGGACUCAUGGAAUCGAGAGCUUUUGGAAAAAUACUGUGUGGAGUACAGUGUUAGCAUAAUUGGUUUUCAUAAAGCCAAUGAAAAUAGCUUACCGAGUACAAAGUUAAAGGGCUUUCCCCUGAACCUUUAUAAUAACAUGGCCCUAAAGGAUUGCUUUGUAAACGCUCAGUCUCCUUUGUUGCAUAUUACCAAAGCACCAAGGGUUGAGAAAGGCCCUCUGCCUGGUGAAGACUGGACUAUUUUCCAAUUUAAUCAUUCAACCUACCAACCUGUUCUCUUAACGGAGUUACAGAUUUCGAAGCCCCUUGCAGCUCCCUUGUCCAAUACCAAUCUAUAUGCUACAGUGAUUCAAGAUUUGGGGCUUCACGAUGGGAUUCAGCGUGUCCUUUUUGGAAACAACUUGAACUUCUGGCUGCACAAACUCAUCUUCAUAGACGCCAUCUCUUUCCUGUCAGGGAAGAAGCUCACAUUGUCCUUGGACAGAUAUAUCCUCGUGGACAUUGAUGAUAUCUUUGUUGGCAAGGAAGGAACAAGAAUGAAUGUGAAGGAUGUGAAGGCAUUACUAGAGACUCAAAAUUUACUGCGCACUCAGGUUGCAAAUUUUACCUUCAACCUUGGAUUUUCAGGGAAGUUUUACCACACAGGAACAGAAGAGGAAGAUGAAGGGGAUGAUCUCUUGCUGGGGUCUGUGGAUGAGUUCUGGUGGUUUCCUCACAUGUGGAGUCACAUGCAGCCCCAUCUCUUCCACAAUGAAUCAUCCCUGGUGGAGCAGAUGAUCCUCAACAAGGAGUUUGCACUAGAGCAUGGAAUUCCUAUCAACUUGGGCUAUGCAGUGGCCCCACACCACUCAGGGGUCUACCCAGUCCAUAUACAGCUUUAUGAAGCUUGGAAAAAAGUCUGGGGUAUCCAGGUCACAAGCACAGAAGAGUAUCCACAUCUUAAACCUGCACGGUAUAGACGGGGCUUCAUCCACAAUGGCAUCAUGGUGCUCCCUCGACAGACGUGUGGAUUAUUCACCCACACAAUUUUCUAUAAGGAAUACCCAGGAGGUCCUCAGGAAUUGGACAAAAGUAUCCAAGGAGGGGAACUUUUUCUCACUAUCCUUCUGAAUCCCAUCAGCAUAUUCAUGACCCAUUUGUCCAACUACGGGAACGACCGCCUGGGGUUAUAUACCUUUGUGAACUUGGCCAACUUUGUGCAAAGCUGGACUAACCUGAGACUACAGACUCUGCCUCCAGUGCAGCUGGCUCACAAGUACUUUGAGCUCUUCCCAGAGCAGAAAGAUCCUCUCUGGCAGAAUCCAUGUGAUGAUAAACGACACAGGGACAUCUGGUCCAGAGACAAAACCUGUGACCAUUUGCCAAAAUUUCUUGUGAUUGGACCUCAGAAAACAGGGACAACUGCACUUUAUUUAUUUCUACUUAUGCAUCCUUCCAUCAUCAGCAAUCUCCCCAGUCCAAAAACAUUUGAAGAAGUUCAGUUCUUUAAUGGAAACAACUAUCAGAAGGGAAUUGACUGGUACAUGGAUUUUUUCCCCAUCCCCUCCAACAUUACCAAUGAUUUUCUAUUUGAAAAAAGCGCCAACUACUUCCAUUCAGAGGAAGCUCCCAGACGAGCUGCAUCUCUGGUUCCCAAGGCCAAGAUCAUCACCAUUCUCAUUGACCCCUCAGACCGAGCAUACUCCUGGUACCAGUUGCUAAUUAUUGACGGGCAACAGUUGCGAUCUGACCCAGCUACUGUGAUGGAUGAAGUGCAGAAGUUUCUAGGAGUUACCCCUCAUUAUAAUUACUCAGAAGCUUUAACAUUUGACCCUCAAAAGGGCUUUUGGUGUCAGCUUCUAGAAGGAGGAAAAACCAAAUGUCUUGGGAAAAGUAAAGGCCGAAAAUAUCCUCCAAUGGACCUAGAGUCUAGAGCAUUCCUCUCCAGUUACUACAGAGAUCAUAAUGUGGAAUUAUCCAAACUUCUUCACAGACUGGGGCAACCUCUGCCAUCGUGGUUGAGACAGGAACUGCAGAAAGUAAGAUAGCACUGGAAAGAAGGACCUUAGCCUCAUAUGACAAUUACCUUUAUUAUCAAGACUAAAAAACAAUCUACACCUUAUACUUCCUCAAUGCACUCGUGAUUGUCAGUAGAGGACUUUGUGAAUAAUUUUCUCUAUAUCUUUGUGAAAAGAAGAGUCAAGAAGAAAUAUGAAAAGAAGAGAAAAGAGACAAAAAGAAAAUACAUUAUAUAUGCACACACUGAUAAUUACUAGCAUUGAUCAAUUUCUAUAUCAACUUUUGGGAAACAAUUCAAAGUUAUGUGGCAUUAUUCAAUAUCCAAUCUGGGACUCAUGAGAUAGUUCAGUUUCUCUGUUAACCAGAAAAUUCCCAGAACUGAAUGUACAAUUGGUAGCCUUCAUCAUUUUUGAGGGUCCAAUUACAAUCUGUCAGGUUGGGAGCAAGGGCUCAAAAUGUCUAUCAAUUCAUUUUGAGGUUGAGAGUAACCCAAUGUCUGAAUUCAAUGGUUCACUGUUUAUUUUCUUUCAUGUUGUAUAAUUUUGAUAUAAUUAUAAGAAAGAGCAUCUUCCCACACUCUAUUUGUGUAUU